AUGCCGAAACUCUUCGACGAAUGCUUAUACACUCCAUUUACAUAUAAAGACUGGAGAAAUGAUUCAGAAGAUGGAGGGAAAAAAAUGAUUCGCUUAGCUGAUGAUGGUGGCGAAAUUGAAUUUGGUAAAAGGAAUGAUAUUUUCAUCUUCGAAUAUGGCGUCGUGAUUAUGUGGUGCUACACGCGAAAAGAAGAGAUCGCCUUCUUGGAAGAUUUGGCUCGCUUUGAAAGUGAAAAGCUCUCCUCCGAGGAUGUUCAAGUAGAAGAGUUUAACUACUAUAUUACUACGUCCUACCAACCACGGAUCUACAAUGAUUUCAUAACUCUCCGUGAUGAUGCCAACUACAUGCUCAAAUUAUCUAUAUCUCAUGCCUUGGCACAAUCAGUUAAAAUCUCGUUAUUUGAGGAACUCGUCGACAAUACCAUAGAGGAUACCCAAGAUAUUCCACAACAAAUCGCGCACACUGGAAAGGUCGAGAUGACCCGAGACGAGAUUAUGAAAUCUAUCGGGGAACUUUUCAUAUUACGCAUUAAUAUAAACUUGCAUGGCUCAGUUCUCGACUCUCCAGAACUCAUGUGGGCAGAGCCGCAUCUAGAGCCAAUUUACCAGGCGACUAGAGGAUAUCUCGAAAUCAAUCAAAGGGUGGAAUUGCUCGAACAAAGAUUGGAGGUUAUAUCAGAUCUACUACAGAUGUUGAAAGAGCAACUAGGCCAUUCGCAGGAAGAAAAUCUCGAGUUCAUUGUAAUUGUCCUAGUAUGCAUCGAGGUACUCGUCAGCGUUGUGAAUGUGGUCGUUGAUCUCUUGACCUAUUGA